CAACAAUUCGCCUCCAAAACAGUUUAUCAUCAACAGGAGUUUGGAGAUUCUGUGGCAUCAACAUGUCGUCGAUACCACUUCCUCCGCCUCCAGGAUGGAGUUCCUCGGCCCCUCCUUCAUUACCGUUGGGCGCGCCGCCUGGAGCACCUCCUCCACCUGGAUAUCGACCACCAGCAGAUCCCCAGGUGGCCAAAUUCGCGGAAAAGAAGAAACAAUGGCUGCGAUCACAGAGAAAUCGAUUUGGAGAGAAGAGGAAGGGAGGGUUCGUGGAGACACAGAAAGCAGAUAUGCCCCCGGAGCAUUUGCGCAAAAUCGUCAAGGACAUUGGAGAUGUCUCGCAGAAGAAGUUCAGCAGCGACAAGCGCAGUUAUUUAGGAGCAUUGAAGUUCAUGCCACAUGCGGUUAUGAAGCUUCUGGAGAAUAUGCCAAUGCCUUGGGAAUCCGCGAGAGAAGUGAAAGUGUUGUACCAUGUCAACGGAUGUUUGACGUUGGUCAAUGAGACACCUAGAGUUAUUGAGCCAGUUUUCCAUGCGCAAUGGGCCACUAUGUGGGUUUGUAUGAGACGAGAGAAAAGCGAUCGAAGACAUUUCAAACGUAUGCGAUUUCCACCCUUCGACGACGAGGAACCACCGCUAUCAUGGUCUGAAAAUAUCGAGGACGUGGAGCCAUUGGAACCAAUCCAAAUGGAAUUGGAUGAAUUGGAGGAUGGAGCAGUAUUCGAAUGGUUUUAUGAGAAUCGGCCACUACUCGAUACCCCACACGUCAAUGGACCGAGUUACAAGGAAUGGAAUCUAUCGUUACCACAGAUGGCAGCUCUGUAUCGACUAAGUCACCAACUACUGAGCGAUUUGGUUGACAAGAAUUACUUCCAUAUGUUUGAGCUCAAUAGUUUUCUUACGGCCAAGGCCCUCAAUGUCGCCAUUCCUGGAGGCCCUCGGUUUGAACCGCUUUAUAAAGAUGUCGACCCAAAUGAUGAGGAUUUUGGGGAAUUCAACGCCAUCGAUCGUAUCAUUUUCCGCGCUCCAAUCAGAACCGAAUACCGAGUCGCAUUUCCUUUCUUGUACAAUUCUCUUCCACGAAGCGUCAAGCUUUCUUGGUAUUCACAUCCUCAGGUAGUGUACGUGCGAGCUGAAGAUCCCAGUUUGCCAGCUUUCUACUUUGAUCCAGUCAUCAACCCUAUUUCGUCCAGAUCAGUUGCGCCAAAGAAUUUGACUGUCAGCCACGAAGACGAGAUCUUUGGUCCCGGGAACAAUGAAGAACGCGAAGAAGAUGCGUUUGAGCUUCCAGAAGAAGCUGAACCCUUCCUAGCAGAUGAGGAGCUAUACACAAGCGAAACUGCGUCGGCAAUUGCACUUUGGUGGGCACCAUUUCCCUUUGACAGACGUUCGGGGCGAAUGGUAAGAGCUCAAGAUGUUCCAUUGGUCAAGCAAUGGUACCUCGAACAUUGUCCUCAGGGCCAACCAGUCAAAGUUAGAGUCUCAUAUCAGAAGCUCCUGAAGACUUUUGUGCUAAACGAGCUGCACAAGAAGAAGCCAAAGGCCCAGAGCAAGCAAAGUUUGAUGAAGUCUUUGAAGCAAACAAAGUUCUUUCAGCAAACCACAAUAGAUUGGGUUGAAGCAGGUCUUCAAGUCUGUCGUCAAGGUUUUAACAUGUUAAACCUCCUUAUCCACCGAAAGAAUCUGACAUAUCUCCAUCUCGAUUACAAUUUUAAUCUGAAGCCAGUCAAGACUUUGACCACCAAGGAACGGAAGAAGUCACGUUUCGGAAAUGCUUUCCAUCUCAUGCGUGAGAUUCUAAAGCUGACCAAAUUGAUUGUUGAUGCCCAGGUUCAAUAUAGACUGGGCAACAUUGAUGCUUUCCAGCUUGCCGAUGGUAUCUUGUACGCGUUUAAUCACGUAGGCCAGCUCACCGGAAUGUAUAGAUACAAAUACAAGCUUAUGCACCAAAUCCGAUCAUGCAAAGAUUUGAAGCAUUUGAUCUAUUACCGAUUCAAUUCUGGUCCAGUUGGUAAAGGGCCUGGAUGUGGUUUCUGGGCACCGGCUUGGAGAGUGUGGCUUUUCUUCAUGAGGGGAAUAAUUCCUCUGCUUGAGAGAUGGCUUGGCAAUUUGCUUUCUAGACAAUUUGAAGGUCGGCACAGCAAGGGUGUCGCCAAAACGGUUACCAAACAGCGUGUCGAAUCGCAUUACGACCUAGAGCUUCGCGCUUCGGUGAUGGCAGAUCUUAUGGACAUGAUGCCCGAGGGGAUCAAGCAAAACAAGGUUAACACUGUUCUGCAACAUCUGUCGGAGGCAUGGAGAUGCUGGAAGAGCAAUAUUCCAUGGAAAGUACCUGGCCUACCGGCACCGGUAGAAAAUAUUAUCCUUCGAUACGUGAAGAGCAAGGCAGAUUGGUGGAUAUCUGUUGCACACUACAAUAGAGAACGCAUACGAAGAGGUGCAACAGUCGACAAAACUGUAGCAAAGAAGAAUUUGGGGCGGCUUACUCGACUUUGGCUCAAGGCAGAGCAAGAAAGACAACACAAUUACAUGAAAGACGGUCCGUAUGUGUCGUCCGAAGAGGCUGUUGCCAUCUAUACGACUACAGUACACUGGCUUGAAUCUCGAAAAUUCUCCCCCAUUCCUUUCCCAAGUGUUUCCUACAAGCACGACACCAAAAUUCUCAUUCUCGCUCUCGAGCGCCUCAGAGAAGCCUAUUCCGUCAAGGGUAGGCUGAAUCAAAGUCAACGUGAAGAGCUGGCUUUGAUUGAACAGGCUUAUGACAGUCCCGGAACAACACUUGAGAGAAUCAAGAGAUUUUUACUCACUCAACGAGCUUUCAAGGAAGUGGGCAUUGAUAUGAAUGAUAAUUACAGCACUAUCAAUCCCGUCUACGACAUUGAGCCUGUUGAGAAAAUUAGCGAUGCCUAUCUUGAUCAAUAUCUCUGGUAUCAAGCAGACCAGCGUCAUCUCUUCCCAGCUUGGAUCAAACCAUCUGACUCGGAAGUUCCCCCAUUGCUCACAUACAAAUGGGCACAAGGCAUCAAUAACCUCGACAAAGUUUGGGAAACCGCCGAUGGAGAAUGCAACGUUAUGAUCGAGACCCAACUCUCCAAAGUCUACGAGAAAAUUGAUCUAACACUUCUCAACCGCUUACUCAGACUUAUCAUGGAUCACAAUCUUGCUGAUUACAUUUCUUCGAAGAAUAACGUCCAACUCACUUACAAGGAUAUGAACCACGUCAAUAGUUAUGGUAUGAUUCGUGGUCUUCAAUUUUCUGCAUUCGUUUUCCAAUACUAUGGACUGGUUCUUGAUCUGCUCCUUCUUGGACUACAGCGUGCGAGUGAAAUUGCUGGACCACCGCAGAGCCCCAACGACUUCUUGCAAUUCCGAGAUCGCGAGACUGAGACAAGACACCCCAUCAGACUCUACACGAGAUACAUCGAUCGCAUUUGGGUGUUUUUCAGAUUCUCCGCGGAUGAAUCUCGUGACCUCAUUCAAAGAUUCUUAACUGAGCAACCGGAUCCAAAUUUUGAGAAUGUUAUUGGUUACAAAAACAAGAAGUGCUGGCCAAGAGAUUCACGGAUGCGGCUCAUGAGGCACGAUGUCAAUCUCGGUCGUGCGGUGUUUUGGGACUUGAAGAACCGCUUACCUCGAUCUGUUACCACAAUCGAGUGGGAUGACACCUUUUCUAGUGUCUACAGCAGAGACAAUCCUAACCUACUGUUCUCAAUGUGUGGUUUCGAGGUGCGCAUUUUGCCUAAGAUCCGUAAUCAGAACGACGAAUUCCCGGUCAAAGACAGUGUCUGGUCACUCGUUGACAAUACCAGCAAGGAGAGAACAGCGCAUGCCUUCCUCCAGGUCACUGAGGAGGAUAUCGCAAAAUUCAACAACCGGAUUCGUCAAAUUCUAAUGUCAUCUGGAUCGACCACAUUUACUAAGAUUGCCAACAAAUGGAAUACCAGUUUGAUUGCGUUGUUCACAUACUAUCGCGAGGCGGCAGUUUCGACAGUCAACCUUCUUGAUACCAUUGUCAAAUGCGAGACCAAGAUUCAAACCAGAGUCAAAAUUGGGCUGAAUUCCAAGAUGCCUUCUCGAUUUCCACCGGCUGUCUUCUAUACGCCUAAGGAACUUGGUGGCCUGGGGAUGAUUUCUGGGUCACACAUUCUUAUUCCUACGAGUGAUAAGCGUUGGUCUAAACAGACAGACGUGGGUGUAACACAUUACCGAGCAGGAAUGACUCACGAUGAAGACACAUUGAUCCCCAAUAUCUUCAGAUACAUUAUUCCCUGGGAGGCUGAGUUUAUUGAUUCUCAAAGAGUGUGGACAGAGUAUUCGCAAAAAAGACAAGAAGCGAACCAGCAAAACCGUAGACUCACACUUGAGGACCUGGAAGAUAGCUGGGAUCGUGGUUUACCUCGUAUCAACACUCUCUUCCAAAAAGAUCGAAGCACGUUGAGUUUUGACAAAGGCUUCCGUGCUCGUACCGAGUUCAAAACUUACCAGUUAAUGAAGAGUAAUCCUUUCUGGUGGACCAGUCAACGUCACGACGGAAAAUUGUGGAACCUGAAUGCGUACCGAACGGAUGUCAUCCAAGCCUUGGGUGGUGUUGAAACGAUUCUUGAGCAUACCUUAUUCAAAGCUACCGCAUUUCCGUCCUGGGAAGGUCUCUUUUGGGAAAAGGCAUCCGGUUUCGAGGUAACAUUGCCCCCUUUGCCCCUGAUCCCCUUUGCCCCUGAUUGUUCCCAAAGAAGCACACUAAUUCGAAUGUUUUAAAGGAAUCCAUGAAAUUUAAGAAAUUGACGAACGCUCAAAGAUCCGGUCUUAACCAAAUUCCGAACCGUCGAUUUACUCUGUGGUGGUCACCUACAAUCAACAGAGCCAAUGUUUACGUUGGUUUCCAGGUUCAAUUGGACUUGACUGGUAUCUUCCUUCACGGUAAAAUCCCGACGUUGAAGAUCUCCCUUAUUCAAAUUUUCCGAGCCCAUUUGUGGCAAAAGAUUCACGAAUCUGUGGUGAUGGAUUUGUGUCAGGUUUUUGACCAAGAGUUGGAGCAAUUGGGUAUUGAGACUGUUCAAAAGGAGACUAUUCAUCCCAGAAAGUCGUACAAGAUGAACAGCUCCUGCGCGGACAUUCUGCUCUUCGCAAGCCACAAGUGGAACGUUACACGUCCAUCGAUUUUGUUCGAUACCAAGGAUGUCAUUGAGCCAACCACGACAAACAAGUUCUGGGUCGAUGUACAGCUUCGUUAUGGAGAUUACGACUCUCACGAUAUCGAACGGUACGUGCGUGCCAAGUAUUUGGAUUACACAACCGAUAGCAUGAGUAUAUACCCCUCCGCCACAGGUCUCAUGAUCGGAAUUGAUCUAGCGUAUAAUCUCUACUCCGCUUAUGGUCAAUACUUCCCUGGUUUGAAAACACUCGUCCAGCAGGCAAUGGCAAAAAUUAUGAAGGCAAAUCCUGCUUUGUACGUUUUGCGUGAAAGAAUUCGUAAAGGUCUACAACUUUAUGCAUCGGAAAGUAAUCAAGAGUUUUUGAACUCCCAGAAUUACUCGGAACUUUUCAGCAACCAGAUCCAACUUUUCAUCGAUGAUACUAAUGUCUAUCGUGUCACAAUUCACAAAACGUUCGAAGGAAAUCUGACAACGAAACCCAUCAAUGGUGCUAUUUUCAUUUUCAACCCGAGAACUGGACAACUUUUCUUGAAAAUCAUCCAUACCAGUGUUUGGGCUGGUCAGAAACGUCUCGGUCAACUGGCUAAAUGGAAGACUGCCGAAGAAGUCGCUGCUCUCAUUCGUUCAUUGCCAAUCGAAGAGCAGCCCAAGCAACUUAUCGUCACUCGAAAGGGUUUGCUUGAUCCUCUCGAAGUUCAUUUGCUUGACUUUCCCAAUAUUUCGAUCCGAGCUUCCGAACUCCAAUUGCCUUUCCAGGCCGCAAUGAAGGUAGAAAAGCUUGGUGAUAUGAUUCUCCGCGCAACUGAACCUCAAAUGGUCCUUUUCAACUUGUAUGAUGAAUGGUUGAAGUCCAUCUCGUCUUACACAGCCUUCUCUCGUCUGAUCUUGAUUCUACGUGCACUCCACGUGAAUCAAGAUAAAACGAAGCUACUUUUGAGACCAGACAAAACUGUCAUCACCCAAGACCAUCAUAUUUGGCCGACUCUGACAGAAGACGAUUGGAUCAAGGUAGAAACACAAUUACGAGAUCUUAUUUUGAAUGACUACGGCAAAAAGAACAAUGUCAACACAUCAAGUUUGACAAGCAGCGAAGUCCGAGAUAUCAUCCUCGGAAUGGAGAUCAGCGCCCCUUCAAUGCAACGUCAACAGGCAGCUGAGAUCGAGAAGCAACAGCAAGAACAGCAGCAACUCACCGCCGUAACGACCAAGACCCAGAAUGUUCACGGUGAAGACAUUAUCGUGACAACCACCUCUCAAUUUGAGCAGCAGACCUUUGCAUCGAAGACCGAGUGGCGAACCCGGGCUAUUGCAACCUCUAAUCUCCGGACGAGAGCAAAUAAUAUCUACAUUUCAUCCGACGACAUCAAGGAAGACGAUCAUUACACUUAUAUCAUGCCUAAGAACAUUCUGAAGCGGUUCAUCACGAUCGCGGAUCUACGGGUUCAGGUCGCUGGCUACCUGUAUGGAUCGUCCCCCCCUGACAAUGACCAAGUCAAAGAGAUCAGAUGCAUAGUCAUGGUACCUCAGAUUGGUAAUACCAGGGAUAUACAGCUCCCCCAGCAGCUUCCACAGCAUGAAUACCUUGAUCAGAUGGAGCCUCUCGGAAUCAUUCAUACGGUGUCUGGUAACGAACCACCGUACAUGAGUGCUAUGGAUGUGACACAACAUUCACGACUCAUGAACGCACACAAGUCUUGGGAUAAGAAAACGGUUAGUAUGACGGUAUCCUUUACGCCUGGAAGUGUGUCGCUUGCAUCGUGGGCCCUUACUCCUGCCGGUUACAAAUGGGGUGCAGAAAACAAGGAUAUGGGCAGUGAUCAACCUCAAGGAUUCAGCACAAACAUGGGCGAGAAAUGUCAGCUGUUACUCAGUGACAAGAUUCGAGGCUACUUCCUCGUACCUGAGAACAACACGUGGAACUACAGCUUCAUGGGGAGUGCUUUCGGAGGACUGGAGAAGAAGCCAGUGCAUGUCAAGAUUGAUACACCACUGCCAUUCUACAGCGACCAGCAUCGGCCACUUCACUUCCAAAACUUUGCCGAGUUGGAGAAUCUGUGGGCAGAUCGCGAGGACGCUUUUGCUUAAAGUUCUCUUUUUGUAUCGCGCAUGCUAUCUUCCGGGUAGCAGAAUCUUUUAAUGACAUGAUCAUUGCAGGAAAAUAAAGGUUGGGGGGAGAGAUAUUUCUGCGUUGUUCGACGAUCUGAGGCGCCGUGUACGAAAUCUUGGUAAAAGGCGUUUUAUCGGAGCGGGGG